CGCGGUCAAGUUCCUUCCCCCUUCCAUCACACAGCUGGUGUUGCGACGGACCGAGGGCUACGAGAAGCAGUUCCAAUUUUCCCUCGUUGUAGGGCAGCGGGAAUCGAAGACUGCGCUAAAUUCUCGUGGAGUCAUUGAGCCGUGGAUGUGAGCGAUGGCUCUGCCGUUCCUGGCCAUAAGUCACAUUUCGUUCUUAGCUCCACCCUGGAUAGAGUUUCCCAAGGGCUCGGGGUGGAGGUGGAUGGUCAACGCGCGGUCCCAGUGCCAGGCUUCACUCACUCACUCCAGGCUCCGGCUCCUGCUUCCUCAGCUCAACCGAGCUGUCACCUAGCCCAGCCCAGCCCAGGGCACCCGGACUUACCCCUCUGAUCACACGGGGGAACCGGCUCCUCACGCCCGGGAAUAACCGCAGCCAUGAGCCGGGUGAGCUUCUUCGAGGUGGAGAUUCUGGAUGCCAAGAACAAGGAACAGCUAUGCUUCCUGGACAAGGUCGAACCAAAUGCCACAGUUGGAGAAAUAAAAUCCAUGUUCCACAAGUCAUACCCCCAGUGGUAUCCAGCAAGACAAUCCAUCAGGUUAGAUCCCAAGGGAAAAUGCGUCAGGGAUGACGAAGUGUUGCAAACGCUCCCGGUCGGCACCACCGCAACCUUCUACUUCAAAGACCUUGGCUCCCAGGUUGGCUGGACUACGGUGUUCCUGACGGAGUAUGCAGGCCCUCUCUUCAUCUACUUGCUCUUCUAUUCCCGCCUGCCUUUUAUCUACGAGGAAGAGCAUGAAUUCAGCACCAGUCCUCAUACCGUUGUGCACCUGGCUGGCUUUUGCCAUUCUUUCCACUAUGUCAAACGACUGAUCGAAACGCUGUUUGUGCAUCGAUUUUCUCACGGCACAAUGCCUCUUCGCAACACCAUUAAGAACUGUUUCUAUUAUUGGGGCUUUACAGCGUGGCUGGCUUAUUUCAUCAACCAUCCACUCUACACACCUCCCUUUUAUGGUGACCAACAAGUCAAUCUGGCACUAGGUACCUUUGUGGUGUGCGAGUUGGGGAAUUUCUCAAUCCAUAUAACGCUGAGGAACCUGCGUUCAGAGGGAUCCAAGAUGCGGAAGAUUCCUAAACCGACAAAGAACCCUUUCACCUGGCUCUUCUUCUUCGUCUCCUGUCCAAACUACACGUACGAGGUAGGGUCUUGGAUUGGUUUCACCAUAAUGACACAAUGUCUUCCAGUUGGACUGUUCACCCUAAUCGGUUUCUUUCAGAUGACCGUCUGGGCUAAAGGGAAGCACCAUAUGUAUCUGAAGGAGUUUAAGGAUUAUCCCACCCUGCGCAUGCCAAUAAUACCUUUCCUGCUAUAAUAUAGCAAACUGGGUCCCACUAAUUCAAGGUCCUCUUGCCGGUAGUUUUCACCAUUGUUGCUGGACUGACAUUCUCUUGCUGGAUCAUCAGUGUAUGUUGAUGGCCAAUAUUGAUUUGCAAAUUGAAACCACACAGGAUCCAGCAGCAGUGAACUGUCCCAAAUCAGGAACAUCGUUGGCUGGUUAUUAUAUGACUCCAUGCUGAUGCGUCUUAAAUCAGGUUGAUCCAAGCCUUGACUCUCCCCAAUUAUCUCACAUUAACUUGGCCUCACAGCGGUGCUCUGAUGCUACUGCUCGUCACACUCUGUGCACUGGCACCGGUUCAUAUUUUACUGCCUGGUUAAAGCAGGGAGCUUUGCUGUUACAAAAAUGUUGUUUCCUAAAUAAACACAAAUGCGGACAGCAAAUGGCAUCCUGCGUGUUAUUUUGCAGAUGCAGACUUUAUACGUUGGCGAUACGGCACGGAGAGAGGCCCUUCUGCCUACCGAGUCUGCGCCGACCAGCGAUCACCCCGUACACUAGAACUAUCCUGCACAUGCAAGGAACAAUUUACACUUUUGCCGAAGCCAAUGAACCUACAAACUUUGGAACGUGGGAUGAAAAUGAAGCAUCUGGAGAAACCCAUGCGGCCACAGGGAGAAUGUACAAACUAUGUACAGACAGCACCCAUAGUCAGGAUCGAACCCGGGUCUCUGGAGCUGUAAGGCAGCAACUCUACUACUGCACCACUGUGCUGCCCCAAAGUUAACGUUACUGGCGGGUGUGAACAUCACUGGUCCAUGGCUUCCCUUGAGUAACGCCUUGGUAGUGAACACGCAGUGAAUGUCACUGACGUAACCAUGCUCAUAAUAUACCAAAAAAAUGCAUUUAUAUAAUGGCCAUCACAAUGUUGGGAUUUCACCAAGCAUUUUAUUGUUCAUGAAAUACUUCUGAAAGAAUCACUGAUUGUAACUCAGGAACCGUGGAACAGUUUGGUUCCUCCAACAUCAGAGGAAUAUAACAAGCAGAUAAUCCAUUUACGCAGUGUGGGUUGAGGGCUAACUAUUAACCAUCACACCAAGGCCAAACCACCUCCAUAUUGUACGCAGUUACAUCAUAUCAUUCAGAGUGUGGUCUAUGAAGAGCUAAGCUUGCAAAUCUACUCAAUUCCAUCUUAGAGUUUAAGUUGUGUGUGUUUUAGACUGCAAUAUUGUUCACGGUCCUGGCUGUAUAACUCAGACUGUGUAAUGUACAAUAUUCAGAUUUCCAUUCCACUUGUCUCAUGAGUUGACCCGAGGGAUGGUGAUAAUGAUUUGUUCAUCAUUAAUUGUAUCCCACUAUCAAUUCAUUGAUUAGAGAUUUCAGAGCCUGUCCUUCAGGGCUGUUGCAGGUAGCACUCAUAUAAAGAGAAUUUGCAGUUCAAUCAGCAACCGUUCAUGGGUAUUUGCACUGAAUACAUCAGAAAGACUUGCAAGCUUUCCAAACACCAGAUGUCAGUCUGUGCAGCACUCGGCAUCUAUCACCAUCGCUUCCCCACUGACAAAGCUGAUUGUUCAGCAUUUCUGGGCUCAAACUCUUAAAAGAAUGAUCUUAUAAAAGUACUGACUUUGCAUUUGAAGAUGAUCAGUUAUAUAAUAACUCUGACAGUUAAUAAAAGCACAUUUUAACAGUGAUGUAUUUCAUGUCUGACUAAGUGGUACAGUGUCUCAACGUUUCGGUAGAGUACUUAGCCGACUUGCUUCAUUGAUCUUGCGAUGGUCUCAAAGUGCAGCGAAUCUCUCUCUCUGCGUGUCUGCAUGUUUCUGUGUGUAUACAGUGUAUUCAGAAAGUAUUCAGACCCCUUCACUUUUUCCACAUUUUGUUACGUUACAGACGUAUUCUCAAUCCCCGCACAUUUACACUCCCCUACACACACUAAGGACAAUUUAAAUUUACACCGUCAAUCAACCUACAAACCUGUAAGUCUUUGGACUGUGGAGGAAACCAAAGAUCUUGGAGAAAACCCAUGCACGUCACGGGGAGAACGUACAAGCUCCGUACAGACAACCAUCCGUAGUCAGGAUCGAACCCGGGUCUCUGACGUUGUAAGGCAGUAGUUCAACCGCUGAACCACUGUGUGUUGUAUAUAUAAUAUAUAAAUACGCCUGACUCAGUAUACAGUACAUAUUUGUUUCCACGCAUUUCUGUUUCUAUGUAUGUGUUUUCCCCCUCUAAACAUGUCUGUAUGUUUUUUGUUGCAUGUUUCCAUUAGUGUGUGCAUCAGUGUGUGAGUGUACAUUUGUGUGUGUAUAUACGUGUGCGGUGCAGGUGUGUAUGCGUGCGUGUGCUGUGUGUACAUGCAGCGUGCAUCUGUGUGUGUGUGAUCCUGUUUGUGCGGGGUGAGGACCAGUUGGAGAAAGGUUUUUGUGUAGCAGAGCAAUGUUUCUGGGUCUUCAGCUGUGAUCCUUUUAACUAAUUAUAACUCAAAGUGUUAGGUAAUAGCCAAUGUGGUUGGUUGGAAUUUUAUUCAUAAUUUUAUAGCAAUCUAUUAUAUUUUGAUGCUUUCUAAUUACCACUAUAAACCUUAAAUCUACCUUAAAUAUUUGUUUUAAUUGAUUGAUUGGUUGAAAGAUACAGCACGGAAACAGGCCCAUCAGCCCACCGAGU